AACCCCGAACUUGCCGCCGCCGCCUCCAUACCUCGCCGAAGCUCUGGAAGGUCUGGUUCUCGCACAGCCCCUCGUCCUGCUCCGGCACGCAGCCCACCGCCUCGACCUGCUCAACAUGCACCUCCUCCAGCCCCUGCUCAGAGCGGAGGUGGGGGAUCCCUUCUUGGAGGCAUAGGUUCAACCAUAGCUCAGGGCAUGGCUUUUGGCACAGGAAGUGCUGUGGCCCACAGGGCUGUUGAUGCUGUUAUGGGUCCUCGUACUGUUCAACAUGAAACUGUGGUUUACGAGGCUGCUGCCAAUAAUUUUACCGGCUCUGAUGCAUGCAGCACACACUCUAAGGCUUUCCAAGACUGCCUGAACAGCUCCGGAAACGAAAUCAGCAAGUGCCAAUUCUACAUGGAUAUGCUUUCCGAGUGCAGGAGGAACUCUGGAUCAAUGUUGGGUGCCUAAAUUUAUGCCUCAUUUAUUGCCCAUGCAUGGGAUGUUAGCUUUGGACUUCUGUUUAUCUAUGUUUCCCCUCAAUGAUUCAAUAAUAUCUAUGGACUAUGAAUACUCUUAAGCGAUACUUAUUUUUACGGGUUUAACCUUGAUAUUACUAUUGGAA